ACGGGACCAGGCAAAUCUGUGUGGGAUCUGUUGAAGUACUUCGAGCGCGCAGUUGGCUGCGACGCCGGCGCUAGCAUGAUCGAGCAGGCAAAGAAGGAUGCUCUCAAGCACGGUUUCGCAGACCGUACGACGUUCUGCGCUUUAUCCGCCGAAGAUUGCGCGAGUGCUGUUUCUGAAGCCGGACUGUCACAAGUCGACGCGAUCACCGUUGCGACCGCGGCUCACUGGUUCGACAUGCCAGCGUUCUACGCUUCCGCGGCAAAGGUACUGAGGCCUGGCGGGACACUGGCAAUGUGGGUUCCUGUCUCGCUGUAUUGCCACCCGUCAGUCUCUAAGCACAAGGAGGUUCAAGCCAUCCUCGAUGGGCUUGAGGAGGGUUUCCUCAGCCCAUACAUGCAGGCCGGCAGCAUGUUGGCGCGAACCGGCUAUGAGACACUACCGCUGCCGUGGUCGAUUCCGGACACGCAUGGACUCUUCGACGAGGCAGCCUUCAAGCGCUGCGAAUGGGACCGAGAUGGUGUACCUUCGGCGCCGCCGCUUCCUGACGGCACGCCCGGCCCUUUCCUCUUCGAGCGGAAGAUGACAAUUGCGCAGGGUGAGGCGGCCUGGGCAACCUCGAGUCCGUCAAACGGCUGCUUGAGUUAGUAGGUAGCACUGACAAGCUGAUCAUCGCUCCCAGCUGCGCGCUACUGCUACUGAGGAGAGCAUAGCAGUGAUGAGGAUAUAGUGAUGAGCAUUUGCACAGUUCGACAACCGAAACCCUAUAAGUUGUGACAUAGGUGCAACGGUCACAGAUGACAACACAUGAGUACGCAUCGUGUCCAAGCCUAUCAUCAGGUCUCCGCUGUGCCCUGUCUUCCAAAAGUGCCCUGUCCACGGAUACUUGGUGAUCGAGUGCGAUGCGCUUGCACAAGCUGCAUGCUUUUUCGAGAACGAUGUUUGCUGACGCGGAAAGUGUGGACCGGCUCCACAAAUGAGCGGAGCGCGAUCUAGAA